AUGCUCAAGCCAAAACUCAUCUCACAAGUACUUCAGCAAGCGACCACAGGGGGAGUCAAGGCAACAAUAUUGCUCAACCCAGAGGGAUCGCUACUCGCAUUUGCCGCUCAGUCUGACCGCGAUGCACGCAUCUAUGGCGCCAUCGCUUCCAACAUCUGGAACAUCUAUUCAAAGCAUUGCAAGCCCGAAGUCGGAACAUUAUCCUUUCUAAUCCUCGAGUGCGAGGAAGGAAAGGUCGCCAUCUCAAUCGUGAGCACAAUGAUCUUGUGUUUAGUCGCACGGGACGAUGUGGAGCUAGGGAUCCUGAAGGCCAAAUCAGAGGCACUGACACGGCACCUGGAAGAGCCAUUGAGCAAAGUCGCAGGAUAUUAG